GGGCCUCAUUCGAUGUCUUGACAUCCAAUUGGAAAGAAGUGCGUAGCGUGAAUUAUUUUUCUCCCCUGGCGUGUGCCAGAUUGUACCGUACCAAUGACGGAUUAAUUCCGGGGUUUUUGGUGUAAAUUUCUAGGUUUUCAGCAAAAAAAAAAAAAAUACGUUAGUUUAGUUGCCCGCAGUGUUUAGUGCAUUUUGAGGUGAUUCAAAGUCACGGCAAAGAUUAAUUUAAACGUAAGAAAGAGCACAAUCUUAUUCAGAGUCGCGAAAUGUCCUCGCAUCAGCUGGAUCCCGAUCUGGUGGAGAAGGCAAUUGGAUUCCAUGGAUUGCCGCUACAAAAAAUAUGGGAAGGAGAACGCGGCGAUGCCGAUCUGAGUCGCAUUGGCGUAACCAAUCCGGACUAUUCCGUGUACCAGUCGCGGCAAAAGACUCUCACCUUCCACGACCGUGCCAAGCGAUUCAAGUUACAUCAGUUCAUUUCUAAGAAAGCGGAUAUUUUGUAUGAUAGUGCAUUAACACAACAAUCGACGAGAGGUCGAAACGAAAGACGGCGCCCCGGCGAUUUUCAGCAGUGUGAAAAGUUUUGUAUUCCUCCGAUUGAUGCAUUCAUGGACGUAGAGACGGUCGAUAAAGUCAAUCAUUUUCUGCAGACUGCGAGACCGGGCGACGUAGUGUACGGCAUUGUGGCCAAUAAGACACUUCAAGGAAUCAUUUUCAAAGUGUUGCUAUCGCUCGGAAAUACUUGCUGUUUUAUAAAUAGCAGCUCAAUCAAGGCUUACGUCUCAAGUAACUAUCUAGUGCCAGUGUACGACCGCGCUGGUGUCCCUCGUAGCUUUACGACUAGCGAUCUCAUAUGUUGCGAAGUGGCUUCUGCUCAACCGGAUGCGAGAAAACUGGUCUGUACUAUGCAGCGCACUAUGCUGAGUCGCGCGCCCAGUACUAUCAAUUAUGGACUUAUUUCUACUGAAGAUCUUCCGCAAGUAUACAACCUUGCAGCCACAAAGGAGCUUCUAGACUACGAGUACUAUCUGAACAAGUCGCCGUCUUUCAAUGACCCCCAAGCCAUUGGGAGUUUGAUGCAAGAACUUGGACUAAGUGGGAACGAGUUCUACACCAAUAUGUCGAGUUUGAAAGGCAAAUUUGCUCAACAGGAAUAUGCAGGCGAACUUCGAAAUUCCCAAGCAAGCAAAUGGGCGUUUAGAUCUGUUGCGGAGGGUAUUGAACACUUCAAGGAAGGGCGCCACAGCGAAGCGUUUCAGUGUUUGAAUAAGGCGCUCAGCAUUGAUCCGCGCAACAUCGAGGGUUUGGUGGCACGAGGAGCGUUGUACGCCAAUAGUGGAUCUUUCAAAAAGGCGGUCGACGAUUUCGAGAUGGCGUUAAAGAUAAAUUCGUCUCAUGCCAAUGCCCGCAAGUAUAUGGGUGAAACGCUGGUGGCACUGGGAAGAAGCUACGAAGAGGAGAGCCGUUUCGACGAAGCCAAAAAAGCGUACCAGGAUUGCCUGAACAUUAUUCCGCACCACGAGGAAGCGCAGAAUUCGUUGGAUUUUCUCAAAUCGAAGACAUACAACAAGCAGAUUGUUGCCCCAAAUGAGCUAGAAUUGCCCGCAUUGAAUAUCCCCAAGUCUUCGACACACGAUCGCCACAAGCAGGAAGCGGACACAUCCGGUGUCAGUGGCUCCAAGCGGGACGGCUCUGAGUCUCGGAAAGACAAGAAGGGUAGCAAAAAGCAGGACAAGAAAAAACGACACAAGAAACACCACAGCAGCUCAAGCGAUUCGAGUUCGAACAGUUCCGAUUCCAGCGAUUCAAGUUCGGAUUCUGAUAGCAGCAGCAGCGAUUCGUCAUCUAGUUCGGAUUCUUCGCGCUCGUCGAGGCCUAAGAAGCGUGGCAAGCGCAGCAAAAAUGAGAAGAAGCCGAAAUCACUGUCCCCACUCAGCAAGCGCAUGUCGGCCGGGAUGGGCAACGAAGGCCGUGCAAUGGAAGUACCGUUUUCAUUGGGCAAUCAACCCACACAUAGUCAUCCGCCUGCUGGUGCGGAUGAUUAUGAGUUGAAGGUGCGAAAGUUUUUGGACAUGCCCCGCGAUGAGGAUGACUACGAGGAAAAGGUUCGUCGCUUUGUAGCAGAGGCGGCCAAGUAUCAGAAAGAACGUAAAGCACAAGAGGAAAAAACCAAGAAGAAAAAGAAGAAGGAAGAGAAGAAAGCCAAGAAGGAAAGCAAGAAAAAGCGCAAAUCUGAAGAUAAGAAAAAAUCGAAAAAGAAGGAUAAGGACGACGAUGUGCUAAAUAACGACAAAUUGAAGGAAGCGUUAAAGAUUUUUGAAAAUUUUCCUGUCUUGGAUGAGCUUGGCACCAAACUGUCGGAAUAUUAUUCAAAGCUGGAAAAUCAAGGAGCAGGGCCUAGCGGUAUGGCUUCGGUUAUGUCUUCACUGUUGACGAAAGGAUCGAAGAAAGAUGGCUCAAAACCCGAGAAACCAGAGGAAACUAAGGUUUCUUUGAAAACUCAAGACGUUGCAAAAGAGCGCUCGGAGAAAGAGACUAAAUGGCGGAUGAUGUUUAAUAAAGAUGAGAGGGCAACUGUAAAAGAGCCAAAAGAACCAAGCAAAAGCUUUGUUCCGAAGCAGUAUGCCUUUUCGAAUGAGUCAGAUGAAGAAUCACUUGGCGUGUUUCAAAUGCAACAACAUCAAGCUCAGUUGCAACAAAAAGCUAGCCAGAGGACGUCUCGUUAUGAUGAGGACAAAAAUAGAAGAAGACCUCCUACUCCGGAAAAACCGAAACCUGCAGUCUCACAAAUAGCACCUGUUAAAUCUGGCCCGGUUGUCUUGGACAAGUUUGGUAACUUUAGACUUGCAAAUGCGGACGAUGCUGCUAAACCACCGGAGCCUUCUGGGCCGCCUCGUAGAUCCCGUAGUAGAUCUCGUGGUCGUCGUUAUGGCAGUUCAAGCCGUUCUCGAUCACAAAGCCUUAGAAGGCGUUCUCGUUCUGGAAGUUUCAGGCGUCGUUUCAGUCGUUCUAGGUCACGAUCCUUCAGUCGAUCGCGGUCACGGUCUUACUCGAGGAGCCGUUCACGAUCACGUAGCUUCGAACGGCGUCGAUUCGAUCGUCGUGGCUAUCGUGGUAGAGGUGGAUUUCAUGAUCGACCCUAUGGUAAUCGCUUCCACCGGGGUGGUUUCAUGAAUCGCCGAGGCGGUUUUAGAGAUUUCCGUGACAACAAUCGCGGAGGAUUCCGUGACCGCCCUUUCCGAAAUCGUUUCCGAGGAAGAUUUCAGCGAUCUUUCAGUCGUAGCACAAGCAAAUCACCCGAUCGCAUUCCGGUGAGCCCGACUGAGCGCCACCGGCGGGAUCGUUCUCGUGAACAGGAACGAGAUCGUUCUCGUGAAAGAAAUUAUGAACCUAAGCGUUCGAAGGAACAUGAACUUCCGAAGAUGAAGGAAAAGAAGGAUGAAAAACCAUCUACCGAAGAAGCUAGCACAUCAUUUGCAGCUAACGAGAUUGAAGGAAGAUGGGCUGACAAGAAGGAAAGUGAAGAGAGAGAUCCUCCACCACCUGGAGCAGAAGAUACCUCUCUAGAAGACAUAGAGAGGACGCUUGAAAAAGCACGAAAGGAAAAAAAGGAAGAAAUGAUGGAGCGGAAUAAGGACAUUUUGAAGAAAACUGCUGACCCGUAAACUAUCACCAUUUUUAGCUUUAGAUUUGGUUGAAGCUUCUCAUACAAAGAACAUAAAGAUACGUGAACUAAUGCAUAUUCAAACCCAAUUUCUUAUUCCACUCUUCUUGUAACAGGAACAAUAUACCGCAUCAAUAAAACAUCUAAUAACUAAUA